GGCCUGCGGCGUCCGAGCGAAACUCGCGACAAAACACUCGUGCGCUCAAAGAUGGCGGAUGGGUCGCCCGAGGAUCGCGCCGGCCCGAAACAAAUGCAUGAAUUAACUUUUUCCGCGUCCGACCCAUCCUGUGGUGACAUAAAAAAGUGCAGUGGAUCGACUCUAGACCGCGACGAAGUGAAGUUAUCGUUCUUUACUGAACUAGAUAAAAGUGAAUCGUGUGAAAAAAGUGAGACGCUCGGCGUGGCCGCCAAUCAUACCGCGGCGGUCGCCGCACCGAAUUCCCAAAAAACUACAGGGUCCAAUGUCGAGGAAGGUGACGAUAGGAAGAAAAGAUGUUUCGACCGAUACGACAGCUCCGAGUCUUCUGACAGUGGCGUGGCGGUGCUGAGCCCGACGGAAAGCGGUGGUUGCAGCGGUAGCGACAUCACCGAGCCACGUUCGCCGCGUAGCCCCGAAUCGGGUUGCAGCACCAGCGAGGAGAGCGCGGGCGUGCGUAUGCCGCCCUGGGCGAGCGACCCGGCGCCGCCGGCUCCGCGACGCCUCGCGGCCCAGCCCGCGCCGGUCCGCCGACCGAACCCACCCGUUCAUCGCCGCAUCACUGAGUACUUCAACCAUAAAAUGAAACCCCAGAACAGCCUCAAGCGAGACUCCAACGCCGUCAACACCGAUGACACCAAAAAGAAGUGCCUCCCCAAAAAUGGUGUAACGCAAGAUCUCGAAAAAUACAUCUCCUAUCUAUCGCAAACGCUUAGUCCCAAAGUCUUGCUCGAUGUAGGAAAACAAGCACAGGCUAUGCAUAAACCGGUGUCACAAACGACCAUUAUUGACACUAAAGCUACAGAUCUCAGUAAAUCGCCUUCAAAUACCAACGCCGAUAGUGUGCUCGAGUACUGUAGGCCUAAAGAAAGCAAGGAGGGGCACACGAUGAACGGCUUUGUAGAAGUACGACAAGUAUCUGAAAAGAUUAACAAGGAUAAGCUGUCGUGUGGGAUUCUUAAUGGAUUAGUCGAAAAUAAGAAAAUUGAGCGUGAUAAAAGAUUAGUAUUUGACCCAUCCGCCAAAAUAAAACCUAUUCUUAAUAAACAGAACAUCAAUAAUUCCCAGAAUAACAAAGUGCCAAUACCGGGAUCGCACGAAAUGUAUGGGGUAAGAAUUGCACCUGCCACUUCCAUGAACCAAACUAGAAACAAAGUUUCAACUUUGAAGUCCGAUGCAAAAAUUAAUGGUACAGUUAGCUAUACUACAAAAUUAGACAGUAGAAUGAAUGGGGUAACACGUGGCUCUAAUAACUUAAAUCUCGUAAACAAACCCGUUGCCGCUAAAAAGGAAACAGUGAAAAAGGCUAAUUUGGCACCAAAAAGAACCAACAGGAAGUCCUCCGCGUGUAUCGCAAAUAGUAAAAAUCUCUCUUGGUCAAAGGCGAACAACCUCAAACAAAUUCAGUUGCAAAAACAAAAUUGUGUAAAUUCUGUUUCCAGUACAACGUUACGAAAUAUGCCGGGCGAGGCGAAUACAGCACCAAAGAUGAAUAUUCCAAACGGUGUUAGACAAAUGUCGAUGACAGUUAAUGGCAAUUUAAGUAGCCUUAAUGUACCUGUAAACAAUUUACAAAAUGGUCAUCAAAUCAAUGUUCAACAGCCGUGCAAUGGAACGGUCACUUCAACGAACUUAUCAACGUUUAUGGCCGUUCCGCAAAAUGUAAUGCUGACUACAUUAAGGAUACCGCAAAACGGGCUGACUGCACAAACGUUGAAUCAGCAGGGUAGUAUCGCUACGUUGAACCAACAAGGUAGCAUAGGAACCAUCAACCAACAAGGCAACAUCGCAUUCAAUAGAUCAAAUGUCAAUGUGACAAGCCCGACAAAAAUAAAUGGACAGUUUGUGUUUCCACUCGUACAGAAUAUAAACGGGACUGUAGUUCAAAUACCUAACCUUAUGGCGAAGGUGCCAAACUUUGUUCUUCCUCAAACACAACCUUUAACUGCGCAGCGGCAGAAUCAUAUACAAAAUCAGCAGACUCAGAUACUCAUCAAUGGUACGUUGUUGAAAUUGUCAAACGCAUUACCAUCUUCGUUUCCUCCAGCCAACAAGACGAAUCCUGUCUCGAGUCAGCCGAUUUCUGUUCUAAACAAGGGUUUUCCUGGAAUUCAAGCUGUAAAUGCAAUGACACCGCAGAAAUCUAAUUUCAAUGUCAACCUGAACCAUCCGAUGUUGGUUCCGCAACCAGGUUUUAUUGUUACUUCAGUGCCAAACGUCAAAGAAACUUGGAGUUAUUCUACAGUAAAUACAGCCUGCUUAUCACAUUCUACGUAUACAAACCCGAUUGUUCAACACCCACCGCCCAUAGUACCCACAUUCAAUACGCAGACUUUGCAUACGAGUAGUAUACCCAUAGCGCCUGUUAAACCCCCUGACAACCCAAUACAAGGCACAGAGCCACCUAGCAGUACGGUUAAGGAGACAGACUUAAUUGAAUUAAAAAAUCAAAAGUGUGAUAUUCCAUGGCUGUCUAAAAAUGUUAAUAAUAACAUAGUUCCAUUAGAUUCUAAAAAAAUCACAUCGAGGCCUUUUGCUGAAGUUAGUUCGGGUAAGCUUGAUGAUUUGAUGUCAGACAAAGUGACAGAUAGCGAAGCGAUUGCGGCAUCAACGAAUAAGAUGUCAAGAAUAGAGAAUGUGCCUGAAGAGAAGAAACUUGAAGAGGUAUCGAGAAGUGAGGAAACUGUGUUCACUCAAAUAACUGUGUUAAAAGACGUAUCAUGCAACGUUGAAAGCACUGUCAUAGAAGCUAAUUUUAGUAGUGCUACAACGGAAUCCUCAGAAUCGGGGAUAGGUACGGAUAAGUCAAUAGAUUCGCCGAGUGACUCACAGGGUAGCAAGGAAUGCGACGAGGAUUCUUCGUUAUUGUCGCUGAGUGUGAGCGUGAGUUCGAUAGAUGCGACGAGCCAGUCGGAGUCACAGAAGAGUCCUAUACUUAAGCAACCUAAAACAUUAAGGUUUCCGCCUAAAAAUCUUACGAAAUCUGAUAGUAAUAGAAGGACGUCUAGUUCAGACACGACGACGACAGUUAUUGUAUGCCAAUGGGAGAAUUGCAAGCUGGAAUUUGAUAGUGACUCGAGCUUAUUGGAGCAUUUGCAGUCCGUCCACGUUGAAACGCAAGUUGGGAAACAGAACUACGUAUGUCUUUGGCAGCAGUGCAAGGUUCGCGGGAAGCCCUCGUGUUCCCGCCUAUGGCUGGAGCGGCACACGCUCUCGCACGGCGGCAACAAGCCCUUCAAGUGCAUCGUCGACGGCUGCGACAGAAGAUUCUCCACUCAGACAUUGUUGGAGCGACACGUCAACAACCACUUCAACGAGUCGUCGCAGUCGAGCGGCGCCGGGCGGAAGUCUAGUGAUAGCUCGUCAAAACUCAUACGGAGGAAUGGGAAGAAGUUGCGGUAUAGAAGACAGCCUUGGUCAGCGCGCAUGUUCGACUUCUUCGACUCGGGCAUGAUGGAGGGUCUGGCGUGGCGGCUGUCGCGCUGCACGCGCUGGCGGCUCGGCGGCGCGUGCCCGCUGCGCGAGCCGCCCGGCCGCCACACGCUCACGCUGCACGCGGCGCUCGCGGCCACGCGCGCCGCGCCCGGCGGCCGCCGCGAGGCGCUCAUGACCUACUACCCGCCCAAUGUGAUCGAGGACGAGUGGGUGCCCGAGGAGGAAGUGAAGCAAAUCAAGCGAGUCGAGAUAUCGCAGCUGCCGGUCCACACUAAGGUGGUUCUGUACGAGCAGUUCUGCAGCUCGUACAGGAAGACGCCUUCGCCGCCGCCAGUGAGGAAGACCCCCGCGAUACCAGCCCAGCCGUCCAGACAGCUCCCGCUCCGCCAGUGCACAUCGUCCAGGCUCCUCAACAAUCUGCUCGCAAAACAGAAGACUCUCGAAGCGAAGAACGACUGCAACGCGACCAACCUGCCGAUGAUCUACAAGGAGGAGGAGAGGAGCGAGAAGAGCGAAGUGAGCGGCGCCAAGAAGAGGAAGCUGGGCCGGAGACACGGCGGGAAUGCGUUCUGGCCGAGCGGCCGGUAGAUGGCCUCGACUCGAUUGGGACUUGGGAAUCGACUUAAUGAGAAAUUCCGGUUUCUGAAUAUGAGCAAUAAAAUCGUACAAUAUGACAAUUUUGAUUAUCCAAAGAAAAUAAAUUUAAGUAAAACGAAACAAAAGACAUAAAGUGUCGUUUCGAAGUCCUAAUCGCGGUUCUGUAGUAGGAGGUUGGACAGAUGUUGAUUCUCCGGCUCGGGCGGCGCUAUCAGUUAGACACUUCGCCAAAGAUUCGCCGCUCGACUCUCGCCCGAACGGAAUAAAUAAUUCACAAGACUGAUACAUACUUUUUAUAGAAUAUGACUCGGUUUCGAGCGACGCGACGAUAGCGAACAAAUUGUAAAUAGUUAGGAAAUGUAUAUUGUAGGGCGUUGCGACGUGUACAUUAGUCGAAGUUAGGUUUAGCGGACCCCGGUCCGACGUAAGUUAGGUGAGAUGUCGCCACGAUAACGACCAGCGAUACGAAUCACUGCCAAUAUUGUAUAUAAUAGUAGUUUAUUAGUGACGGGCCGACUCACGUCGGCCGCUAUCGAUACUCCGUUGGGCCGCGUCUCGACCGCUUUCGCUUUACGGUGCCAAUUAUUCUAUCGAUGUCGGUGUCGAUGCGUGACCAUUGAUUUCGUCACCAAGUGCCUCAAUUAGCACGGUUCUACCAUAGCAGUGUUCACAUAGAUGUAACCGCGUAGUCAUAUCGAUUCGGUGUUAGGUUUAAUCGAUUUUUUUAUAUCGAUUCUCGUAACGAUCGAUUCAAUCGACGCUCGGAAUCAACAGCUGUCUCAUUACGUCACUGCCAAUGUUGCGUUUAUCUACAAUUUAUCAUUGCGUUGUGAAAAAGCGAUUUAUAUAAUCGACAAUACAAUACAAAUUAUAGUAUCAAAACAAAAACAGACAGAUAAAAUAAAAUAGACAUUUUGUAUAAAUGAGUUUUUUUUUUGUCGUAUAAAUCGUUUUUUUAAUAUCGCGAAUUGUGCAUUAAAGAUAUAGCAAUAAUAAUGUGUGAUAAGACUUUAGACGACUUAUAUUCACGCACAAGAUUUUUAGCAGUUUUGAGCCAACAUACAGUAAUCUCUGGAUACUCGUGUUAUAUCGUGUAAUUGGUAAUUUUUUUAUUUUUGUAUCAGGAACCGGUUUAUACACGUACUGUCUAAAUGGUGUUGUAUCAUGUAUGGUUGAUUUUUGUACUUUUGUACUCGAUGUGUGUUUAUGGAGUGCAGCGCUGUGGCUUUGAUGAUGAUGACUUGUAAAAUGCUUAUUUAUAAUACAGGCAAAAGUUAUGUCAAUACAGUUAUUGUAAAAGGAUAACUUAUAAAACUUCCAAAAAUUUAUAGAGAGUUUUAAGAUAAGAUAAUUUAAAACUAAUUUUAAAAUUUCUUCGAAGCCCAUCGAAGCUUUAGACAAUACAGUGUACACACAUUGUCAUCAAAGGCGAAGCGUCGAACAAGCCAGCCAUUCGAGAAGUUUCUGUACGGUCGGAUUGCCUUUUUAGCAAUAAGAUAGUUAACAUUGAUAUGUAAUGUUGUGUUCCGUAAUCCGUGCUCACGCGAUCUCCGUAGUAUUUUUAGUUAGUGACUGUAGUUAAGUUAGGAAAUGUGUGUGUGGACGACAACUGAUUGCGAGGAGGGUAGCUCCGGCACAAAUCAAAUUUGAAUUUGAAUUCAGAUUUGAUCUCUGUCGACACGAGCCUAGGUAAUGAUUUCGCCCGCGCUGAGACGGAAUCGGCGUAUAAGUACGACGAGUUAGCGAACUUGAGGGUAGUUUUAGAUAAAUGUAUAUAAAUUAUAAUUUCGAUUCCGUCUUCGCUGGCGCGGGCCGGACGACGAUUCAGCGGCCGCUGAUGAGUUUAAGUCAAUAUAGGAAAUGUUAGUUUGGUGUGUUCGCUUUGAGAGUUACACUGAAACGGACACAUCGAAUAGGGACGGACCCAAAGACAUGUUAGGAAAAUUUCUUAGUCAAGUUGGUGCCUGUUUGCUGAGGACGAUCGUGAAAUAUCUGUGGAAGCCUUCCAACGUACUGAUUUUUAGUUAUUCGUAUAAAAAUUCUAGAAUAAUUUCCAGCACUGAGAUAAGUGCCAUAUUGUAUUGGCUCGGCUUUUUAUAUUAAUUUGAUAGUCAAUUGCGACACCAAAAUCUGAAAGACAUAUUAGUGUAUUUCUCCGUGGACUUAAUUUGAUCUCAGAUGAAUCGGCAAUGGAAUUUUUUAAUGUUAAAAACGGCAUCGGAUUUGAUCAUUUGCUUGGAUAUUCAUGUGUUUGGACAGUUUCUUCGUCUAGAAAUUUUUCCACAUUGGUGAGGUUUUAAAUUAAAUUGUAAGUAAAAAUCGUGUUUUUUGACUCUAUUGAUAUGUCAGACCAAAUUUGAUGACGUUUUUUGAAUAAUAUGUAAUAUCGCUCAAUAUAAAUAAAAAAUGUUAAUUUUGGGCUCAGAACAUAAGUGGCCUAGAAAAACGCUUGAGUACAAAUUUAAUUUGCAAUAAUAAUUAGGAUCGAUUGUAUUUGGAGGUAUUUUCGGUAAUAUAAGCCCCUUAGUAGUAGCCAUUCGAGUCGUUAGGCAGAGAGAAAUAUUUUGUGAUCGAAUACUUGUUAGCGGGGUACUAAAUUAGAACAAAAUACAUAUUGGACGCGCGACGCGAGCGCGUAAAGAUGAUAUAUUUUUAUCACUGCCACGAUAGUCAUAGUGACGCGAGUGGAGGCGGGUGCCUUCGUAGUUGCUCAUCUCUAAGGUUUCAUUUUAUUUAGUUUCGGCGAACAAUGUAUCGGGGAACAAUAUCAGUCACCUGCAGUUUGUUGGGCAGAGGCCGCGGGGUUGGAGGGCGUGAAGCACAUUACAACUGCCGCGCUACUGUGAGCCCUGACCAGAGACGUUCGGACGGUAGUUUAGUAGCAAACGGUAGACACUUUCGGUCACGCUUUACGAAUGUAAAUAAUUGUGUAUAAAGUAUGACGCAGGAGUAAUCUGGUUCGCGCCUCGAGCUAGAAGAGAGGAGAGGAGGGGAUGAGGGGGGGAGGGGAGGUGGCUCUUUGCCGAGUAUAGGCUAGCUGGUAGUGCGUUGUCUUUCAACAUGUUUCCUAUAUUAUCCGUUUAUUAUAUGAAUGUUCUCCUUUAUUGUAAAUGUUUGACCCAUAAAUGCUAUAUGCGGACGAGAUGUCCCUGAGAUAGUGUGCACUACUUUAUUCAAUUUGUAGAUAUUUAAUUAUAUAUAGUAUAAUGUUUAAUGCGUUUCAUUUGCUUGGAGCCGACGGUGAGAUCCGAAAUUUAAUUAUAAUUUGUCCCGCGAGUGGGCUAUCUACCUCAAUUAAUUAUUUAUCACACAUUUGGGCAUAAUAAUAGUGAAUUACGUUACUCGAAACGAAAUGAAAUUUGUUCAUUGUAGUGAUUGUAAGUUUUUUUAAUGGUUUGUCCACGUCACAAGUACUGUAUCUUAUAUUAAAUACAUAUUGUAUGAUUGACUA